GUCCAGGCGUCAGUUCUCGUUAUUCAUUUUGAUCUUUUCACUUCAAGAUUCUCUGCAUUUUACCAGGCUGCUCGACAUCUGAAUCAAAUCACGGAUUUGGAGUAUGAUCUUAAGACCAAUCACUAUAGAACAAUUUUCUAUGGAAAAUCAUGGACAUCAGUUUAUAGCUGGGACAAAGUUCAGCCAGAGGGACACGUUUAGAGAAUCCUGAUCUCAGACGUUUUUGUCCUAAAAGAUUGAGGAGCUUCUUGUCCCGUCAACAAAAGUCAAUCUUCUGUCCUUGUGUUGAUCAAAAUAACUCUGGAAAAUGGUUGGAUUUGAACCUGCUGAUGUGCCUCCGUCAGCAGCUGUGAAGUUUGUGGGAGCAGGAACUGCAGCUUGUAUCGCUGACCUGCUCACCUUUCCCCUGGACACAGCCAAAGUUCGACUGCAGAUCCAAGGGGAGGCCAUAGCAUCUGUAGCAGCAGGGAAUGGGUCAGCGGUGAAGUAUCGAGGUGUGUUUGGCACCAUCAGUACCAUGGUGCGCACAGAAGGACCCAGGAGUCUUUACAGUGGACUGGUGGCAGGACUCCAGAGGCAGAUGAGCUUCGCCUCUGUYCGCAUUGGCCUCUACGACUCUGUAAAGCAGUUCUACAMCCGAGGCUCUGAGCAUGUAGGCAUYRGCAYUCRRCUGCUUGCGGGAUSUACCACAGGUGCCAUGGCGGUUGUGUUAGCUCAGCCCACAGAUGUGGUGAAAGUCCGCUUCCAGGCACAGGCCAGGUCCACUGGGCUCGCCAGACGCUACUGUAGCACCAUAGAUGCUUACAGGACCAUUGCUAGGGAAGAAGGCAUUCGUGGCCUAUGGAAAGGUACAGCUCCAAACAUUGUACGGAACGCGACAGUCAACUGCACAGAACUGGUGACGUACGACUUCAUCAAGGAUACACUUCUAAAGUCCACGCCCCUGACAGACAACCUGCCCUGCCACUUUCUAUCAGCCUUCGGUGCAGGGUUAUGCACGACAGUCAUCGCUUCGCCUGUCGAUGUGGUCAAGACAAGAUAUAUGAACUCUUCUCUUGGCCAGUACAGAAGCACCCUCAACUGUGCUGCUACCAUGAUGACCAAAGAAGGACCACUUGCCUUUUAUAAGGGGUAA